AUGUCUUGCCGCUCAAAUCCUGUGUGUGGCCCUAGAAAUUUCAGCUCUUGCUCCGCAGUCCUACAUCCUUCAGGAAACGCAUCCAGAGUCACCACUUCCUGCUCCGCCAGGGUUGUUGGGGUCAAUUAUGGAGGAGCUGGUUGCUUUAGCAGCAGGAGCCUGGGAGGGGCCGGCUCUUGCGGCCCCAGAAUCGCCGUGGGCAAUUGCCUGCCUCCGAGGUGUGGAUAUGGCUAUCGGGGCAUCAGCACUGGAUAUGGCUAUUGCAGCUCCGGAUAUGGCUACGGUUACCGACGCUCUGGGGUCUGUGCUCCCGGCUCGCCGUCCAUCAUGCCCGUGACGUGCAACGAAACGCUGUUGCAACCUUUCAACUUGGGGAUCGAUGCCACAGCCCAGGCGGUGAAAUGCCAAGAGAAGAAUGAACUCCAGUGCCUCAACAGCAAAUUUGCCUCUUUCAUUGACAAGGUCCGAUUCUUGGAGCAGCAGAAUCUGAUGCUGAAGACCAAGUGGGACUUCUUGCAAGAGAGGAAAUGUUGCAAAAGUAACAUGGAGCCCAUGUUUAAUGAGUAUAUCUCCAACCUGAAGAAACAGCUGGAGUGUCUGGAAAGUGAGAGAGCGCAGCUGCAGGCAGAAAUGAAAAACUGGAGAGAAACUCUGGAAUGCAACAAGAAAAAGUUUGAAGAAGAGUGUCACCGGCGAACAUGUGCUGAAAAUGAGUAUGUGGCAAUUAAAAAGGAGGUGGAUUGUGUUUUCAUGGACAAGUCAGAAAAAGAAGCUAAAGUGGAUGCCUUAAUGCAAGACAUCUGCUUUUACAGAGCUACUUUUGAGGAGGAAAUCCGUGAGCUGCAAUCUUGCAUUUCAGACACCUGCGUCACGGUGCAGAUGGACAACAGUCGAGGCCUGAACAUGGACUGUGUCAUCGAGGAGUUCCGGCAUCGGUAUGAUGAUAUCGCCUCUAGGAGCCGGGCCGAGGCUGAAGCGUGGUGCCACUGUCAGUAUCAGGAGCUGAAAACAACUGCCGCCAAACACUGUGACAACCUACGCAGUGUCAAAGAAGAACUUAAUGAGCUGACAAGGGUGGUCCACAGGCUUGAGGUGGAAGUUUCAAAUGUCAAAGCUCAGCGGGCCAAGUUGGAGGAGGAGGUGGCUGCAGCUGAGGAGUGUGGGGAGAUGGCUGUGAAAGAUGCCAAAUGCAAACUGGGCGGGCUGGAAGAUGCCCUGCACAAGGCCAAGCAGGAUAUGGCCUGCCAACUGAGAGAGUACCAGGAGCUGAUGAAUGUCAAGCUGGCCCUGGAUAUUGAGAUCGCCACCUACAGGAAGUUGCUGGAAGGAGAGGAGUGCAGGUUGGGUGAAGGAGAAUGUGCUGUGAACAUCUCUGUGCGAAGGAGCCAAGGUGCGGUGGUAUGCGAUGCUGACCCACGGCCGAUGUGUGGGCCCCGUGAGCCAUAUUCCAUACUUGUCAAUUACAACUUCUACUUUGCUGGGGAAGUGGAAACUGAAAUUGACAAGUACUUUGCCAAGUAG